AUGGAUUUGGCUACUACCGUAGCUGGCAAAGUUGUUGACUUGAGCAUGAAUCACAUUAUACGUCAAACUGGUUACAUCUUUUGCUAUAAGAGCAAGGCUCAGAAUCUGGAGCUCAAAGUUCAGGACCUGAUAGCUGCAAGGGAGAGGGUGCAGUCUUCUGUGAAUGCUGCCACAAGAAAGGGUGAAGAAAUUCUACAGAAUGUCAAGAACUGGCAGGAUCGGGCUAGUAUGAUCGCUCAGGAGCCAGAGAACGGCUCGGAAGUUGAAGGGGAAUCAAAUAAAGACAAGGCCAAGUGUUUCUUUGGCUUGUGUCCUAAUUUGAAGUCCCGUUAUGAGCUCAGCAAGAAAGCAGACGAGCAGGCAGGGGCCAUCGUUAAACUCCUUGAGCAAGAAGGUAAAAUCCAUGGCAAAGUUUCUCACCCUUUUGAUAUGCAAGAGAUAUGGGCUCCAUCAUCCAAGAGUUACGUGGCCUUGGAAUCAAGAAAGUUUAUGUUGAAUGAGAUUUUGGGGGCUUUGAAAGAUGCUAAUUUGGAGAGGAUUGGAGUGUAUGGCAAACCUGGCGUUGGCAAGACCACACUUAUCAAACAAGUAGCUACAGAAGCAAAGGCAGACAAGUUGUUUGAUGUGGUGGCUUUAGCAGUUGUAACUAAGACGCCAGAUGUUAGGAAAAUUCAGGGAGAGAUUGCAGACUUUCUUGGUCUCAAAUUUGAUGAGGAGUCAGUAGCUGGGCGAGCCAUUAGGCUAAGCAUAAGAUUGAGGAAAGAGAGCAAAAUUCUGGUGAUUUUAGAUGAUAUUUGGACGAGUUUGAAGUUGGAUGAAGUUGGAAUUGCCUUUGGAGAUCACGAGCAUAGAGGGUGCAAGGUACUCAUAACAUCCAAAGAUCCCUAUGUCUUACAUGGAAUGCAUGCUAACAGACACUUUCGAGUUGAUGCUUUAAAAGAAGAAGAAGCCUGGUACCUAUUCAAGAAAACGGCUGGUGAUAUUGUGGAAGAUCCCCAUGUACAAUCUAAAGCUACUGAUACAUGUAGGAGAUGCGCGGGAUUGCCAAUUGCCAUUGUAGCAACUGCAAAAGCCUUGAAAUAUAGAACUCCCCCUGAAUGGGAAAAUGCUUUGAAACAGCUAAAAAAUCCUUCGCAAACAAUGCCAGCAGAUCCUCGCUCAGCUAUUGAGUUGAGUUUCAAUCAUUUAGCAAAUGAAGACCUUAAAUCUGCUUUCUUGCUUUGUAGUCUUAUGCCAUACAAUGCUACCAUUUUUGACUUGUUGAAAUAUGGAAUGGCUUUGGGUUUGCUUCAAGGAAUCAAAACAAUGGAGGAAGCACGCCAGAGACUACAAAGACUGGUACAAAACCUCAAAUCCUCCUGUUUAUUGCUUGAUGGUCGUAUGGCUGAGGAAUUUACAAUGCAUGAUGUGAUUCGCGAUAUUGCUGCUUCAAUAGCAUCUAGGGACAGGCAUAUGUUUUUUAUGAGAAAUGAAAUAGGACCAAGAGAGUUGCCAGAUGCAGGUAUGCUAAAAAAAUGCUCUGCGAUCUCACUGAUUUACAAUGAUUUCAUCAAUCUUCCUGAUGAGCUUGACUGUCCACAACUUAAAUAUUUUCAACUUUACAACAAGAAUUCUGCUUUGAAAAUUCCUGAUCAGUUUUUCAUGAGGACAAAAGCAUUGGAAGUUUUGGAUCUGAAAGGUUUGCAGCUUUUGUCAUUGCCUUCAUCACUGGGCUUGUUGGAAGACGUUCUAACAUUAUGCUUGGAGUCAUGCUUGUUGCAAGACCUAUCAAUGGCCGGAAAGCUGAAGAAACUUGGAAUCCUUAGCUUGUACAGCUCCAUUAUAGAAGAGUUGCCUAAAGAAAUAGGGCAAUUGACUCAGCUUAGGUUGUUAAACUUGGAUAGUUGCUCCGAACUUAGAGUAAUUCCACCAAAUGUAAUAUCAAACUUGUCCCAACUAGAAGAACUGUAUAUAGGUAACAGCUUUGCUCGGUGGGAUGAUGAGCAAAGAGCAGCAGGCCAUGCUAGUCUUGGUGAGUUGAAGCACUUGCCUUGUCUGACAAGUUUAAACUUGCAGAUUCCUGAUUCUCGUAAUAUGCCAAAGGAAUUGUUCUCCGAGAAGUUGCAAAGAUUCAGGAUAUUAAUAGGAGAAACGUGGGAUUGGUCAGACAAGCAUGAAACCUCAAGAAUGUUGAAGCUCAAGCUCACUGAAGGCAUUCAUAUCAAUUAUGGGGUUCAAAUGCUGCUUAAGAAAACAGAAGAUCUGUAUUUAGAUGAAUUGAAGCGUGUUAGGAAUGUUUUAUAUGAAUUAGAUGAUACUGGGAAAGGCUUUCCACAACUGAAGCAUCUCCAUGUCCAAAAUGGUUCAGAAAUGAAGCACAUCAUUAACUCAAUUGAGGCACCUACUCUUGAAGCCUUUCCCGUCUUGGAGUCCUUGUGUCUUCAAAAUUUGAUUAACUUGGAGAAGAUAUGUAAUGGCCCGCUCAAAAAACAACCUUUCGAAAAGCUAAGAGUGGUAAAAGUGAGAAGUUGCCAUAGAUUGAAGAAUUUAUUUUCGUUCUCCGUUGCCAGAGGGCUUUUACAACUUCAAGAAAUUGAAAUGGUUGAUUGUAAGGACAUGGUGGAGAUCAUUGCCGAGGGAGGAGAAAGUGAUAUUGGUGAGAAUGGAGCAACAACCAAAAUUGAGUUCAGGCAAUUGCAAUUGUUGACACUGAAACAAGUACCAAAGCUUAUCAGUUUCAAUACGAGCGGUACUACCAUGGCACUCUUCAACCAGAGGGUCACAUUUCCUAAUUUACAGGACUUGAAAUUGUCCUCAAUUAGCACAUCACAGAUAUGGCACGCUCAGCUUUUGUCAGUGCCUAGUUGCUUUCAGAAUUUAACCACCAUGACAGUGGAGGGUUGUGGUAAUUUAAAAUUUCUUCUAUCAUCCUCUACGGUGAAGAAUCUAAAGCAGCUGAUCCACCUAGAAAUAAGUGAAUGCAAGCUAAUAGAGGAGAUCAUUGAAGAAAUAUCAGGGGAGGAAGGGAUGGAGGAAAUGUCGUUCCCCAAACUCAACUCCCUAAAGAUGAAGGGUCUUCCAAAGCUGGCCAGAUUUUGCUCAGCAAAGGGUGUCGAGUUCCCAUCUUUGAAACAAUUGCAAAUAGAGUAUUGCCCUAAACUAGAGACGUUUAUCUCCAAAUGUGUGAAAAAAGAAAUGAGAGCCAUGAAAGGACGACAAGAAAUGGUCUUAGGCAUUCAACCUCUCUUCAAUGAAAAGGUAGCAUUUCCUAGCUUGGAGAAGCUGACGAUCUCCCACCUAAAAAGCUUGACUAUGAUGUGGAAUAAUCAAUUACCUGAAGAUUCCUUUUGCAAACUAAAGACAAUGGAAGUUGCAUACUGUGAAAAGCUGCAGACCAUUUUUCCAUUCAGUAUGGUCAGAAGAUUUCAAACGUUGGAGACGCUGGUAAUAAAUGAUGCUGGUUCAUUGGAAGAAGUAUUUGAGGUCCAAGGGCUCUAUGUUGAAGAAAACGAGGCUGAGGCAGCAGUUCCAUUAAAGAAAUUGUACAUGUACAAUUUACCAAAGUUGAAACAUGUGUGGAGUGAGGACCCCAAGGGAACUGCCACUUUUCAGAAUCUGAAUUUCGUAUAUGCUUUUGGAUGUCACAGUCUGAAAUAUCUAUUUCCAGCCUCAGUUGCAAGAGGGCUUCAGCAACUUGAAAAGGUUGAAAUAGACGCUAGUGCGGUGGAAGAGAUCGUCGCCAAGGAUGAAACCCCUCAACCAGAAACUAGAUUUCUGUUUACUGAAUUAUCCUUCCUUCGACUUUGGAACCUAUACAAACUGAAAAAUUUCUACCAUGGAAUGCAUUCUGUAGAAUGGCCGGCGUUGAAAAAAUUUGUGUCCUACCAUUGUGGUGAUUUGAAGACUUUCACUUCAGAACUUCUCAGCAUUGAGGAAACGUCGAGGGUUUCACAGCCACUCUUCUUAGUAGAAAAGGUUGUUCCCAACUUGGAGGAACUUUCAUUGAACAGCGAUGACAUCUCAAUUUUAAGUCAUGAAGUCUUUCCAGCUAACCUGUUUAGCAAGAUAAAAGUUCUGCAAGUGCACUGCUAUCAUCAGGAUUCAGCUAUUUUUCCCUUUCGUUUCAUCCAAAAAUUCACCAAUUUGGAGAAGCUUGAUAUUGAUUGUUGUGAAUUUCGGGAUCUAUUUCCAUCUGGAGAAGUAGAGGAUGAGGAGAACCAUCCCAGGACCCUUGCCCGAGUUCGAAGCUUGAAGUUGGUUUCUCUCCCUAAUCUGAGUCAUAUAUGGCAGCUAAGCUCCAGAGCAGACCUGGUUCUUCCCCUGCUUGAAGCUCUAGUCAUUUCGCAUUGUAGCAAUUUGGUUAAUUUGGCACCAUCAGCUUCAUCUUUCUCAUAUCUCACAACUUUAGAUGUAUGGAAUUGCCAUGGGCCGGAGAACAUAGUUGCAUCCUCUACAGCCAAAAGUCUAGUGCAACUGACCAGAAUGAGUAUAAGAGAAUGCAAUAAGGUGACAGAAAUUAUUGUAGAUGACGAAGAAGAAGAAACACCAAAGGAAAUUAUUUUCAGCAACCUUGUAUGUUUGGAGCUAAAUGGGUUACCUAGCCUCCUAUAUUUCAGCUCAGGGAGUUCUGCCUUGAAGUUUCCAUCUCUGGAAGAUGUAACUGUGAAACAAUGCCCAAACCUGAGAUAUUUCCACUGGGGAGAGUUAAGCACACCAAAGCUACACAAAGUUUGGUUGACAGAGGAAAAGGAUCGAAGUUGCUGGGAAGGUGACCUUAAUGCCAUUGCCACUUCCUAUGAUACAUCCGGGAGAAUGAUCUCUGGUACAAGAGACUAUGAUCAUUUGGAAAAGCAAGCAGCUUCCUACUCAAUCAGAGAUGAAUAAUUCAAGGCAUUCAGAAAUCAGGUGAUUGCUUUCCAUGGUAGAAAUUACACCUAUAUAUAUGUAUUUCCCAUGUCAAAAGUAUGAUUUCCAUAUGUAUUUCGAAUGUAAUUUAAUUCUUUAUACAUAUCUAUAAUAUAUA